UGACAGAUGUGUUGAACGCGACAAAUGUGAUGCAAAGCAACCAAAUGAACACAAUUACGAUUGAGUGUCAAAAUGAACUCAUUAUGGACUUCAAUAACGGCAGACAGUGUUCGCUGAAUACCACCAAAAUUCUGGCCAUAUAUCUGGAAAGGGUGACCGAGAGUAUUGUCCAGAUGUCCAAAUGUUUGCCAGCAUUCAAUCAAUUGUUGGAUAGCGACCAAAUAGCCCUGAUCAAAUAUGGGUGCUUUGAGAUGUGCUCAUUGAGAUCCGUUUUAUGUUUUGAUUUUGAGUACGAGUACUGGAAUUAUGCACUGGACUCCGAAAAGACCUCUGCUUUGGCAACUUUGGCUGAGGAUCAGGUGUUCAUCGCAUGCGCCAAAGCCGGCAGCGCAGCCCUGGACGGCCUCACAUCCCAACAGUUGUUUGAUUUGACGCAACAAAAUCUGGUGACCGCCUCGGCUAUGGUCCAGAAGCGGGCCGACGCCGCCCAACGACAGGGACUCGUCUGCUACGCAAACUUCAACAACAACUACGGCCCGGGAGUGCUCAACAUCAUGGGCCCCACCGGUGAGCCACAGGUGCUGAGCACCGCCACCAGCGACGACCAGAAGGCGGAGGCCACCAAAGAGAUCGCACAAAUGACUCAAUUGAUUAUCUGCGACGAGCAAUACCGCGCCAAACACAUCAACGACACCAUUACCUGCAACUUCUUGGAACAACACGGAGGUGCCCUGGCUCAGUUCAAUAUCAAGUUGCCCAUUUUGAACACCGUGAUGGGUGCCGGCGGUACUCUCCUCAAAGGUGUCACUCCCCCGAUGGCAUCAGUUGUGAGCCAGAUUGGGGCUCUCUAUCAACAACUCUACACCACUGGUAAGCAGUGCUCCCAAAACCUGGAUCUCUCGACACCCCAGGGAUGCGCUAAUCUCAAGAUGUUUGACAACGAGUUGGACAGAUUGGGAGAGUUGGGUGCCCUGGCUGUGGCCUCCAAUUUGCCCAUUCCCAUUUAAACAACAUUUUGUAAUUUCUAUUAAUGUAUAAUUUGUUAAAUUCAAAAUUCCCGU